AUGCAAAUCAAGUCCCACCUCACUGCAGCCGCUCUCGCGAGCGUCGUGGCUGCCGACUGCUUCGAGGAUAUGAAUGUCUAUCAUCCCGACUUGAAACAGUGGAAAGAUCCAGCAUACAACGCAGCAGUCAAGAAGGUUGUCGAGAAGGCCUGUAACGACGGUACCCUCCACGGGGACUAUGAUGGCAACAACAAUGAUGGCAAGGGUCAUAAGGAGGUAGCCUACCAGAUCAAGGGCCACGAGGACAUGGGAUAUGUACAACUUCAAAUCAGCCGCCUAGGAAAAACCAAGCGCACCCUCCCACCGGCCGAAUGCAUCAGCGGCCUGACUAAAGAAGUCAGAGCUUGCAGCUGGGGCGGCUUGAGCGACUACUGGAACUGGGAGUACAUUGCUACGCCGGAAUCCGCCCAAUCGAUGAAGGCUGAUAUGUACCCGAUGGAUCAGAUUAAGGAUAUCUCGGUCUGA